AUGCUGUCCAAUCCGGUUCAUGGCGGUCUUCACGCCCGGCACCGACAACAUCGACGACAAAACUCGACUCCCACAGGAUACGAAACAAUGAAGAUCGCAACAAACCUGUCCAACAUGCAUCAACAACACCAGAACCAACAACGAUCACGCAUGUCCCAUCGCAGGGGCAUGAGUCUGGAUAUUCGACGACAACAACCACAACAACAGAUGCAAUCCCCGACAAUACCAAUACCAAUACGACAGGAAUAUUCAACGGUAAGUAACGCUACUAACAAUACAGGAUCAAUCACAUCACAGCAUGUGCUGCGAGAAGCGCAGCAGCAACGCAUGGCUCGCCCGGGCUCCCAGCAAGCAUACGCGAACUUGGCAAGCGACGACAGCUAUCUAAUAUCCCCUCACGGGACACCAAGAGCACAGGGUUUUGAAGGACAAGGGUUUGACGGUCUUUCAAGCCAACAUGAUAUGCAAAUCAAUCUUGACAUGUAUAAUGGACCUAUGAAUGUCAUUAUUAAAAAGAAUCAGGAGAGUUUCUCCAGUAACAUGACAGCGUCUCAGGACUUCGACCAGUUCCCAAGCGCUCUAUCCACACCUACGCUCAUGAGCUUCCAAGACAGCCCAACGGGCGGUCCUGGAUGGAUCUCUGAGGGAGAAACUUCUAGUAGCAGAAGAAAUUCCACCCGUCGUAUUAGCAACGGAAUCCUGGAUAGAGUUUCAAAGUUCGAAAACUUGGGAAGCGAAGUUCCAAGACCUUUGACACCUCCCCGUCAGGAUGCAACAGACUACUUCCCACUCACGCCUAUGGAUACACCUCAUGACAGGACCGUAAAGCAUAGUCAACCGCCUCAAAGGUUCUCAGAGGGCUACGAUGAAUCAAUGGAGGAAACUGUGAAACCCACAAGGCAAUCCGCAAAUGGACGGUCACGGACGACCUUCGAUGAGAUGCGACAAGCAGCUGAAGCUCAGGUCCCUAUGCCAUUACCAACCCGAUCCAACACGAUGCCUCUAUUAGAGACAUUCAAUCCCCCAUCAGACCCGAUGGCGGAGUUUUUGGAUAUGAGCCGUAUCAGUGGCAGCGGCCUCAGAGUUGAUACUGCUUUUGAUGGGCUUCCCAUGCCUUCGCAUCCCAUCAGCGCCAAUUCAGACCUUUCCGGGCAUACCACUCCCAUCACGCCCCAAUUGGGUGAUUUCAACGGUUCCUUUGAGUACAAGCCUAAUAUGCAACACCCCAACUUAGGAUCCGAUGCAUUCAGCAGCGAAGAUGGAUAUUCGAUAGAAGCAUCUUCCCGUCGGGGGACGCCGCUCCAUCGUCGAAACGAGUCAAUGGCUAGCAUUGCAAGUGCUGCGAGUAUCGCCAGCAUUGACAUCGAGAAGACCAAAAUGUCAACAGGAAUCACACUCGAAGACAUCCACCAAUAUAUCCAAGGGCCUGAUCCCAGAGACAAUAAAUGGACCUGCACUUUCGAAGACUGCAAUAAAAAGUUCGGUCGGAAGGAAAAUAUCAAGUCUCACGUACAAACCCAUCUCAACGACCGCCAGUAUAGAUGUCCAACAUGUAAUAAGUGCUUCGUUCGACAGCACGACCUCAAACGGCACGCAAAGAUACACACGGGUAUAAAACCUUACCCUUGCGAGUGUGGCAACAGCUUUGCGCGUCAUGAUGCUCUUACCCGUCACAAACAACGUGGUAUGUGCAUUGGCGCAUUUGAGGGCGUGACGAGAAAAGUGGUAAAGCGCGGGCGUCCGCGCAAGCACCGACCAGAUAUGAACGAGCGAAAGGAAAAGACAGUUCGAACUCUCAAGAAGAAUAUGUCCACAUCAUCUAUGUCAUCACAGUCCGGAUACUCGGACACCUCGGCAGGCAAUUCUCCCGAAUAUGUCGACCCGGAUUUCGAUGUGCUAGACGGAAUUAUGGACGUAUCAAUGGGCGGAACGACGAUGAACCCAAACUCUCUCCAGAAUAUAAGUUCGUCAUCUGCGCCGAUGCCCAGCCUCAGUAAUGAUGCGCCGGUGAGUGUGCACUCGCCGUCAGCGGCUAGUGUGCAUUCAUAUGUCUCUCAAUUAUCCCACAUCUCGCUCCACCAAGAAUUACUACCGGAAGCGAUAUCAUCGCAACCAGGAUCCCCCGCAAAGAGCGUCACCAGUCAGUUUAACGAACUCCCGGAGCUGUCUCGCUCGUCAUCUCCGCCGUCCGCCAGUCGAUAUUUCGAUGCGGAGCCGAAUUCAAGCGGUACGGAGAUUACGAUUGGCUCCAGCGUCGAGACGUCCAGCAUCCCAAGCUUUUCCGGGAUAAGCGAGGCUGACGAUGAUAUGCUGCUUCAGUUCACUAAUAACGAUACGGGCAUGCUUAUGCUUAGCUCUGAUAGCAAGUUCGACGAGGCGUUCGACAGCGUCGAUAUGUUUACCAAUAAUGACGAUUUAUUUUUCGGUAGUAGCUGA